ACGUCCCCCCUCCCUCACUGCAGCCGCCGCCGCCGCCGAGGAAGCGCCCCGUGCCGCCGCCCCCCGGGGACUCCGGCCAUGGCCACGAAGAAGGCGGGCUCGCGGCUGGAGACGGAGAUCGAGCGGUGCCGCUCCGAGUGCCAAUGGGAGCGGAUCCCCGAGCUCGUCAAGCAGCUGUCGGCCAAGCUCAUCGCUAACGAUGACAUGGCAGAACUUCUCCUUGGGGAGUCCAAACUAGAACAGUUUUUGAAGGAAAAUCCUUUUAAACAGGGCACUAGUCCCCGGGGUCCCCGGCCAAAGCUGACCGAGGUCAAGAAACAUCUCACUGCAGCACUUGACAGAGGAAACCUAAAGCCAGAAUUCUUACAAGAAGCCAACUUAAUUAUGGCCAAGUUAAACUAUGUGGAAGGUGAUUACAAAGAAGCUCUUAACACUUAUGCCAGGGUUGAAGUUGAUGACUUGCAUCUUGUUGCUGUGCCUCCUUAUAGGCUGAGGAUGAUUGCUGAAGCAUAUUCUACUAAAGGUCUUUGUCUAGAGAAGUUGCCAAUUUCCUCUUCAACUAGUAACCUCCACACAGACCGUGAACAAGAAAUCAUUACGUGCUACGAGAAGGCUGGAGAUAUUGCCCUCCUGUACCUUCAGGAGAUAGAAAGGGUAUUAAUUACCAAUAUACAAAACAGAAGCCCUAAACCGGGGUCUGCAGUGCAUGAACAGGAACUGGGAUUUUUCCUAGAAACAGGACUCCAAAGAGCACAUGUCUUGUAUUUCAAAAAUGGGAACCUGACAAGAGGAGUUGGUAGAUUUAGAGAGAUUCUAAGAGCUGUUGAAACAAGAACUACACAAAAUCUACGAAUGACAAUAGCCAGGCAGUUAGCUGAAAUUUUGUUACGAGGUAUGUGUGAACAGAGUUACUGGAAUCCACUGGAAGACCCUCCUCACCAGUCACCUCUUGAUGAUCCACUUCGGAAAGGCUCAAAUACUAAAAAUUACGCACUCAGCAGAAGACCUCGGGUGUACACUGGAGAAAACAUUUUUUGUCCUCAAGAAAAUACAGAAGAAGCCCUAUUGUUGUUGCUGAUUAGUGAAUCUAUGGCUAACCGUGAUGCUGUACUGAGCAGAAUACCAGAGCACAAAAAUGAUCGCAUCAUCAGUUUGCAAAGUGCAUCUGUGGUCUACGAUUUGCUUACAAUUGCCUUAGGGAGAAGAGGUCAAUAUGAAAUGCUAUCAGAGUGUUUAGAAAGAGCAAUGAAGUUUGCAUUUGAAGAGUUCCAUCUUUGGUAUCAGUUUGCAUUGUCCCUAAUGGCAGCAGGAAAAUCUGCUCGAGCUGUGAAAGUCUUGAAGGAGUGUAUACGUUUGAAACCAGAUGAUGCUACUAUUCCACUCCUUGCCGCAAAGCUAUGCAUGGGAUCUCUUCACUGGUUGGAAGAAGCGGAAAGAUUUGCCAAAACGGUUGUUGAUGUUGGUGACAAAACGUCGGAGUUCAAAGCAAAAGGCUAUUUAGCAUUGGGACUAACUUACAGCCUGCAAGCCACUGAUGCAUCUUUGCGAGGGUUGCAAGAGGUCCUGCAGAGAAAGGCUCUUCUUGCAUUUCAGAGGGCCCACAGUUUGUCUCCAACAGAUCAUCUCGCAGCAUUUUACCUGGCACUGCAGCUUGCCAUAUCUAGACAGAUACCAGAAGCUUUGGGUUAUGUUCGUCAGGCUCUCCAACUUCAAGGAGAUGAUGCCAACUCUUUGCAUCUCCUUGCACUGUUGCUGUCAGCCCAGAAACACUAUCAUGAUGCUUUGAAUAUAAUUGACAUGGCCUUGAGUGAAUAUCCAGAAAACUUCAUAUUACUGUUUUCAAAAGCCAAACUGGAAUCCCUGUGCAGAGGCCCGGAUGAGGCACUCCUUACCUGCAAACAUAUGCUACAGAUUUGGAAGUCCUGUUACAAUCUCACUAACCCUAGUGAUUCUGGACGUGGGAGCAGCUUGUUAGACAGAGCCAUUGCUGACAGACGACAACUCAAUACGAUUACCUUACCUGACUUCAGUGACCCUGAAACAGGUAACUCACCAGAUGCUUACUUUCAUGGUUUUUACUCCCUUUUUUCAGUUUGUUCAGUCCAUGCAACGUCAAUAGCAGCCUCCAGAGUGGAGCAGGCACUGUCUGAGGUUGCUUCAUCUUUGCAGAGCAGUGCUCCUAAGCAAGGUCCUCUGCAUCCUUGGAUGACUCUGGCUCAAAUCUGGCUUCAUGCAGCUGAAGUCUAUAUAGGAAUUGGGAAGCCUGCUGAAGCCACAGCAUGUAUCCAGGAAGCAGCUAACCUCUUUCCAAUGUCACAUAAUGUCCUCUACAUGAGAGGUCAAGUGGCUGAACUUCGAGGAAAUAUUGAUGAAGCCAAACGCUGGUAUGAAGAGGCCUUAUCUAUCAGUCCUACCCAUGUAAAAAGUAUGCAGAGACUGGCUCUGAUACUUCACCAAUUAGGACGCUAUAGUUUGGCUGAGAAGAUUCUCAGAGAUGCUGUCCAGGUGAAUUCUACAGCCCAUGAGGUAUGGAAUGGUCUUGGGGAGGUUCUACAAGCUCAGGGCAAUGACGAUGCAGCAACAGAGUGCUUCCUGACAGCAUUAGAGCUUGAAGCCAGCAGCCCGAUCGUCCCUUUUACCAUCAUUCCACGAAUUCUCUGAGAUAAUAUCUUGAUUACAGAGUUCAUCAUGUUUCAAGUUUUGGAUUUGAGGGUGAGGAAACACAACAUACAGGUCUUUUUGAUAACGCAGCGUGGUUUCAGAGGUAACAGAAAACCCCACAAAAUUUGUUAACUAUUGUGGGGAACCUGACAAAGCAUUGAAGUGAUACAAUAUUUUAAUGUUAGUGAGGAAAAAAUGACUAACCAAAAACAAAUCUCUCAUAGAUCACCUACAUUUUUUCCCCAUGGUAGUUAUGAAACCUGAUUAUAUUGUUCUAAUAGAUAAUGUGCCAUAUUUCAUUAGAUGACAUCUGAGUGUUAUGUAAAAAAUUAUAAUGGAAUCCACCAUCAAAUGUAGAAUAAUAUAUUUGAAUUAAAAUUCAGUGGCAGAGCAGACUAUUUUUAACAAGCCUGUCGUGAAAACUGUUCUCUCUCCUCCUCCGUCUCAACCCAUCUUGGCCUAAAGUCAAACUGUGAAUUUUCUGUUUUCCAUCUCUAUACUAGUCCAGGCCAGAAAAUCAGUUGACGAGUUCUUGGUUUUGGUUGUUAAAAACUGUGAUGUGUGGCUAAUUGUUAUCUUUACUUAGAACAAAGGCUGAGUAUAAGAAUAUUUAUAUUUUACCAAUGUAUGCCUGCUACAAAAAAGAAAAUAUUCGUUAUUUAAGUGUAACUUUUUUAUGUGAAUUCAGAGUUUAUUUAUCGAUGGAAAUAUGUAAAAAUAAGCUUCAAAUGGAAUAUUUACUGACAUUCCUUAUACAUUACUCACACUUGGAAGAUUAUGUUAAUAAUAAAAAGAUUUUUAAAUGGC